GCCAGACCUCCGCCAUCAUGGGUCGCAUGCACACUCCCAGGAAGGGCCUGUCCCAGUCGGCGCUGCCCUACCACCAUAGCGUCCCCACGUGGCUGAAGCUGACAUCUCAUGACGUGAAGGAACAGAUUUACAAAUUGGCCAAGAAAGGCCUGACUCCCUCCCAAAUAGGUGUGAUCCUAAGGGACUCACAUGGUGUGGCCCAAGACCAUUUUGUGACUGGUAAUCAAAUCUUGAGAAUCCUUAAGUCUAAGGGCCUUGCCCCUGAUAUCCCUGAGGAUCUCUACCAUUUGAUUAAGAAAGCUGUUGCUGUCCGAAAGCAUCUUGAGAAGAACAGAAAGGAUAAGGAUGCUAAGUCCCACCUGAUUCUGAUAGAGAACAGAAUUCACCGGCUGGCUUAUUACUAUAAGACUAAGCGGGUCCUCCUACCCAAUUGGAAAUAUAAGUCAUCCACAGCCUCUGCUCUAGUGGCAUAAAUUCUCUUGUGUACACAAAAAAA